CUCUCUCCAGCCCUUUUCUUGAUCUUGGAUUCUUGAAAUCUCGAUCCUACUGCCUCCUCGCUAGGGCUCUGCGCACCUAACUUCCGAUGAUCCCGUUCGGCGGAGGUGGUCCGUCUGCGGGCGGCGACGGCGGACCACCCCCACUGCUUCCUUCCUCUUCCUUCUGCUCCUCCAUCCUAUCGCCGUUGGCUCCUCCUUUCACCGUCGAUCGCUGUUACGUCGCCUACCCUCAGCCGAUGUCUGCCGCCGGUGACUGGCCCCCUCCCUCUGCUGCCGCUUCCGCCGCCACGUCUUCCCGCUUGUCCUCCCUCACCUCUGGCAUCCGCUCUAUACCGAGCAGUAGUGUCUUCGAAUCCGCCAAUAUGUAUUACCCUAGCUAUGCUCCAAUCGGCGGUGGCUUGCCGGGAUCCGGCGAUGAUGGCUUCAAACCUUUGCCAGGUCUUGAGGGGUAUGGGGGAAUGGAUUCUGGCCCUUGGAGUGGACCCUUUCUUGGAGAGGAAUUGGGAAAAGAUAAGGGUUUUGAUCGCAGUUCGUCUUGGAUGGAUCCCUCUUCUAGCUACUGGGCCUCUGCAUUCUAUAAAGGAGGUGCUGCUGAAGGUUUAAUGGUAUGUGAAGAUGCUUCGCUUGUUCAGGGAAAUAGUGCUACCUCCUCAGCAAGAAAUCUUCACUAUGGACCUGAAAGCUCUGGAUGGCUAGGUGAUAAGUACCCAGCUAUUUACAAGGAGAACCAGACUCUCCCUUUUGACCAGUUUGGACCAUCACUUCUGGAUCCAAGUGCAUUAUUUGACAGAUUGUCUUAUUCUCGGUCACAAGAGUCAACAUCUAUUAUGAAAGCAUGCGAUCCCUUUAAUUUAAACUCAACCAAUAAAUAUACUGCACAACUUGCUUCAUGUUCAACCAAUCCAGUGUUGUACAAUCCAGCUACAGCAUGUUCUGCCUCAACCUCAGUAUAUGAUCUGUCGACUGAAAGAAUGUUUUCAUCAAUGGAUUCUGCUAUGUCAGAAAAUGGAUAUUCGUCUAUUCAACGUGUGAAUCCAUGUGGAAUUAAUCUUAAUUAUUUUGACUAUAUUACAAGUGAGCAGAAGGAGCCUGUACUGAUUAAGGAGCCUACGAUCAGUCAAAUUACUGAAGAGGGUAACAAGGAGCGGAGCGUUGACUCUGGAAAUAUGAAAAGAAAAUUCAGUGCUUCUGUAAUUUCUUCUCCAAUGAAAAAUGAUUUUCCUGUAGGCCAUAACUCACUAAUCGGGAAUCUUAUGGACUGUUACUCAGAGGCAAAAUGUGGGUUAAGAAGUACACGGUUGAGCCUGGGUAAUUCUUCUGCCUCUGCUAGUGCUUCUGUUGAACCUGACAAUUCCAUGCAAACUUCUUCAGACCCACUUGAUCAGCAUAGCCUUGCCGUGGAUUCACCAUGUUGGAAAGGAGCUCCAUCUUCUCGUCAAUAUCCAUUUGGCAUUGGAGACAAAGCAGAUGGUUGUCCUGUAGUAAAGGAAUUAAAAGGUCACAAUGAUUUGGAUCAAGGUCAAAAGCAUCUUCUAGUCAGUGCCAAAUAUGUAGGAAUUCCAUCUUCAGAACAUUUUCUAAGUUCAAUUUGCAGGGAGAACCAAAAAGAUUCUUCUUUAUCUUAUCCAGGAGAACCCUCUUCAGUUGGUUUGCCAUGUAUGCAUAAAAAAUUUGAAGAUGCUAAAGGAGAAUGUUCAGGUUGGGCAGAGCCUGGCUUUGAGAAUAGCGGCCAAGUAGGAAACAUUCUUGAAGAAAAGAAUAAUGAAGCUACAAAAUAUCUAAAUACAGAUUUUGGACCGAAGGAUCAUGCCUUGAAACAAUUAGUUGAAGAAGAGGGUGUUUCCUCUGCCUAUCAUAACACAGUGGUCGGUGGAAUGGUAAAUCCUGAGAUGAAUGUUAAGGUUGCAGGCCAAGAUAGCUCAUCUGAUUUUAGUUGCUGUGCUAGAGACCACAUCAUGAAAUCAUCUUCUUCUGAAGUUGCCAUUCCUAGUAAAAAUGUUGAACUACCAGGUUCAUCUGAUCCUGCAGGUGUAUGUUACCCCCCAGGAGAAGAUCCUGAACCUAUUGUUAAGGCUCUGCAUGGUUUAUCGGAAUUGCUUUUCUCUCGUUACGACAGAGAUGUCAACGACUUGAAAGAGCAUGACCGUGAACUUCUGCAUCAAGUAAUUGACAAUCUCAAAGCUUGCCUUGUCAAGAACAGAAAGGAUGUUGCAAAGGAGACUUCUAAUGUUUUUGGGAUGGAGGCUGUUCCACCUCAAGUGGAUGUUCCAAAGAUUGUUGAUGAUCCAAAAACGAGCAACAAUGAAGGUGCCAAAGGCAUGAAGCAUAGGAUGCCUUCUAGCGGGCUUGGUGUGGACAAUGAUAAGGUCAAGGAUGUUUGUUCUGUAGGUUUUGAUGCAGAUUGCAGCAUGCACAUGGCCCAGGCCUUACACAAGGUUUCAAAGAGAGGUUUUGACCAGGAAGAGGACCCUCAGACUCUGUUGUACAAGAAUCUGUGGAUCGAGGCAGAAAUUGCAUUGUGUUCGAUGAAGUAUGAACUUGCACGUAUGAAGCUUGAGAUGGAAAAUGACAAGUGCCACCAAAGAGCAAAUUUUCAUGAUUCAUCAGAUAUGGAACGAAAACUUUCACAUUUGACCAGACUAAGAAGUUUGAAUUUGGUGAACUACCUAAAUGUGAAUGAUGGACCACGAUACAAAGCUGAAGAGAACUCAUGCGAUACUUCGACCCAGCAGGCUUACGUAGGCAAACAGAGUCCUAUGAAACCUCACGAAGUAAAAGCAAACUGGGCAGAUGAAGUUGAUGCCUCUGUUUUAAAUAGGUUCCGAGUUCUAAAAGCUGUAUGCAGCCCUCAUUUAGAUAGUGGAAAUGCUGCUGGACUGAAUUACGUCCCAGCAAAGCUUGCUGAUUUGGGAUUUAGUCAGCAGAAUCAAAAAUCAUGUACUCCUGAUGAACCUAGCAGUUACUUUAAACCACAUGAAGUAAACACAAGCAAGACAGACGAGGUUGAUUCCUCUGUUAUGGCAAGACUCAGAGUUCUAAAACAACGGGGAGAUAUUUCAAACUCUCUUAGCACAGAGGAGUAUCCAGAAAAACUGGGCUCUGUGGAUCCUGGAGGCUGCUUGGAAACGAAAGAGACUGUGUGCAGCAUUAAUUUAGACAGUGAAAGUACUGCUGGAGUGAAGUACCUGCCAGCAAAGUCUGCUGAUUUGACUUUUUUUCAGCAGAAUCAACAGUCAUAUACUCCAGAUGAACCUGUCAGUUGUUGGAAGCCUCAUGAAGUAAAGACAAACGAGGCAGAUGAGGUUGAUUCCUCUGUUAUGGCUCGACUCAGUAUUCUAAGAGGACGGAUUGAUCAUGUAAACUUUAACAAUUUAGGAGAGCAUCCAAAGCUACUUGACUCUGUGGAUGUUGAAGGUUGCUUGGGAAGAAAAGAUGGCAUGUGCAAUUCAGGUGGUGAAAAUACUGCUAGGGAGAAGUCAGAGAACUUCAUGCCAACAAAGCUUGCUGACUUGAGCUUCAUGCAGAAGAACGAACAGCUGUAUGCUGAAGAUGAACCCAGCAAAAGUUCUUUACUAAAUAGCAGUUCCAACAUUCAGCAUCUUGAUGCAAAUGCCAAUGAUGGAAAUGAACUGUAUCUAAACAACAAUUCAGAGUCAACAGCCAGAGAAUCUCCUGUAUGCACAGCAAAUGGCCUAGUCAGUCAGUCAUGCAUGCCUGAUCAGCAGUGGAAGCAAAAUGUUACAGGAGGGUCUGGUAGCCUGUCGUCAGACUGGGAGCAUGUGCUGAAGGAUGAGCUCACAUGGUGCAGCAGUGCAUGAACCAAGGUUUAAAUUUUAUCCUGCUUUUGCUUGAGAAUUUCUUAGAGAAGUUUACCUGUAAAUAGCAGACUUUUAAGUAAUAAAUUAUGCUUACAUUUUCAACAUUUCAAGUUGCUUGUAUUUUUGGAUAUUGUAAAUCUGAACGGUUCAACUGUUCAUGAGGUGGAUGUUUAUGAAAUGAGAUUUGCAUGCUGGCUUGCUUGUGGA